AUGGCUUGGAUAUUCACUUGUUUUCUCCUCUUUUGUGCUCGGCAGGUUUGUUCAAAUCCACGAAUGGAAACGAGUAUCUAUUUGGAUAACAUCACGCGCAUUCUGGAUAGAUUACUAGAUGGAUACGACAACAGACUUCGACCUGGAUUUGGAGGUCCUGUCACAGAAGUCAAAACAGACAUCUUUGUCACCAGCUUUGGUCCAGUGUCAGAUGUCGAAAUGGAGUAUACAAUGGACGUUUUUUUCCGUCAAACUUGGAUCGACGAGAGGCUCAAAUUCGAGGGUCCUAUUGAGAUCCUGCGUCUAAAUAACCUGAUGGUUAGCAAGAUUUGGACGCCUGACACAUUUUUCCGCAAUGGCAAAAGGUCCAUUUCACACAACAUGACCACUCCUAACAAGCUGUUUCGCAUCAUGCAGAACGGAACUAUCCUUUACACCAUGAGAUUAACAAUCAAUGCAGAAUGUCCCAUGAGACUAAUCAACUUUCCAAUGGAUGGACACUCCUGUCCUCUCAAAUUUGGGAGCUAUGCCUAUCCCAUCAGUGAGAUUGUGUACACAUGGAAAAAGGGUCCACUCUUUUCUGUGGAGGUUCCCCAGGAGUCGUCCAGUCUACUGCAGUACGACCUGAUUGGACAGACAGUGUCCAGUGAAAGACUGAAGUCAAACACAGGUGAAUAUGUGGUUAUGACGGUCCACUUCCACCUGCAAAGGAAGAUGGGAUUUUUCCUGAUCCAGACCUACAUCCCGUGCAUCAUGACCGUAAUUCUGGCCCAGGUCUCCUUUUGGAUCAACAAGGAAUCUGUUCCCGCUCGGACCGUUUUUGGCAUCACCACGGUCCUGACCAUGACCACGCUGAGCAUCAGCGCCCGCCAUUCCCUGCCCAAGGUCUCCUACGCCACCGCCAUGGACUGGUUCAUCGCCGUCUGCUUCGCCUUCGUCUUCUCCGCCCUCAUCGAGUUUGCGGCGGUCAACUAUUUCUCUACGCUGCAAGCCAACAAGGAGCUCCGAAAAGCAGACGCCAUGAGAGCGGCGGCACAGGAGGCGGCGGCGGCGACCGCGUCCGCCAACGACGGAGAAGUCGUUUCGCCUCCGUCAGACCCGGGUCGCAUCCUAAAAAAGAGGAUGAACUCUCCGGCGAGGGUGGAUCAGACUGGCCAGAGGUUUCCUGGCAACGCCCUCCCCGAUUUCCGCCAGCAAGGUUCGGCCGUACCGGCCAACAACGUGCUGACGGGUACCAGCAUCAUCGACAAAUACUCCCGCAUCCUCUUCCCCCUGUCUUUCGGGGCGUUUAACCUGGUCUACUGGAUUGUCUAUCUCACCAAAGAUACCAUGGAGUCCAGGUAA